UCAUUUGUAUCGACUUCUGUAGCGGGUACGUACCCCCUGAGUAUGUCAGAAAAGGUAUAUACUCACCCAAGUACGACAUUUAUAGUUUUGGAGUCCUUCUCUUACAAAUCAUAAGUGGAAAGAGAACUUCACGUUAUUACAGCCCACAUGAAAAUAUGAACCUUUUGGAAUACGCAUAUGAGCUGUGGAUGGAAGGAAGAGGUGCGGAGUUUUUCGACCCUUCAUUUGAUGAUACAACAUCACCUUGUAAAAUAACGAGAUGCAUGCAAGUAGCUCUUUUGUGUGUUCAAGAGAACUCAGCAGAUAGACCUUCCAUGUUAGAAGUUGAUUCACUGCUCAAGAAUGAAGGUGCAGAUGUUGGUAUACCUAAUGUGCCCGCUUUUUCGAUGAAAAAACAGGAAGAUUAUAAGGGAGAUACUACUUCUAACUCUGGGUUCAAAUUUUCUUCGAUCAAUGAUGUUACAAUUUCUCAGAUGGUACCAAGAUAAUUGUGUUGAACAUGACAUUCUAGUGCUUGUAAAAACUUUUAGAUCUAACAGAGGAAAUUUUGAGAAAUUGGAAACUGAAUUUCUUCUACAUUGAGCAGAAAUUCAGUCUUGAGUUUGUUACAGUUUAGACUAGGUGUGUAUUUCACUAUUUUGGCCAAAUUUGUUAAUAACAAUUUGCUAAUUGAUUUUUACAAUUAAAAAUUCGAUUGAUGCUACGGUGGACUACCUUCACAAUAAAGAAAACUGACGAUU